AUGGUGUUGACAAUAGAUGUUUCAAAGCAAAAAACUACCUAUUCUUAUGCUUACAUACCUUUUGAAGUCGAGCUCGAGCUCGAGCUCGACCAGAUUGCUCUGAAGCAGAAGCUAAGUCGCUUCCGCGUCUAUUGGCACGACAUCCCGAGCUGGAACCCCCCUUCAUCAAUACCCAUCGUGAAGCCCGUUACUAAAUCGGGCUUCGGGCAAGUCAACAUGAUCGAAAACCCGCUAACCCUAGGGCCCGAACUGAGCUCAAAGGCAGUCGGAAAAGCCCAAGGGUUCUACGGGAUGGCUUCACAAGAGGAGCUCGGGCUAUUGAUGGCUAUGAACUUCUUCUUCACAACCGGGAAAUAUAACGGAAGCUCAAUUACUAUUUUGGGAAGGAAUGCUGUAUUUGAUCACGUGAGAGAAAUGCCCGUCAUUGGCGGUUCUGGGCUUUUUCGAUGGGCACGUGGCUAUGUUCAGGGCCGAACCCAUGUUUUUGAUCCCAAGAGUGGGGCUGCCACGGUUGAGUACACUAUAUAUGUGAUGAACUAUUGA